ACAGCUCGUUUGGUCCAUAAAAAAGUAAGGCGGAGAGGCUAAGGUUGGCUGGCUUGACGCUUCAAUCGAAAGGCUUUGGACAAAAGGGGCAACCCACACCCAGUGAAUCAGCGCAUAUUUGCCUCGGCCACGACGACGUAGCUCCAUUAUUUCAGAGGCGAGGCAGAGAAAGAGGAACAGUGGAAUCGAGGAAGGAGAAUAAGAAGGGGAAGGAGGGUUUUGUUAAAGCGCUGGACCCAAGCAGGAUUUGUUUUUGUUGGACCGACGACUCGGACAAGAUGAGCGAGCAGAGUACGCAACAGAACCAGUUGGUGGUGCAGAAUUCGGGAAGCCUCAGCUUUAGCAGCCAGAUGUCCAAGGAAGAUGAAGAGAUGUCGAGGUCAGCUCUCUCAACUUUCAAAGCCAAAGAGGAAGAGAUUGAAAGGAAGAAGAUGGAGGUGAGAGAGAGGGUUCAGGCUCAGUUGGGUCGUGUCGAGGAAGAAACCAAGCGUCUCGCUUUCAUUCGUGAGGAAUAUCAGGAGCUCGAAAGCCUGGCAGAUCCGAUGAGGAAGGAAGUAGCGGUGGUCCGGAAGAGGAUUGAUUCAGUAAACAAAGAGCUAAAGCCCUUAGGCCAUACCUGUCAGAAAAAGGAGAGAGAAUACAAAGAAGCUCUUGAAGCUUUCAAUGAAAAGAACAGGGAAAAGGUACAGCUAAUCACCAGGUUGAUGGAGCUGGUGGGUGAAAGUGAGAGAUUGAGGAUGAAGAGGCUGGAGGAGCUGAGCAAGAGCAUAGAAACCAUGCAGUGAUCUACCCAGCUGCUGACUCUGAUUAGGCUUGCGUGGAUAUUGGAGAUGACUUAGUAUAUUUAUAUGUAUGUGUGUCUUGUGCUUGUGUAUUCUGUGGUGUUAAUGUUUGUUUCACUAGCAUUGGUUGGGCUAUUAACCUAAUUUAGGAAGGGAAAUACCCUACAGACAGGUUUGUAACUAGAAUACUUGCAUUUCGUUUUGUUUUUCCUCCGAAAAAAACUUCAAACCAGUUGAUAGUGCUGUUUUGGCUUUAUGUAAUUUAUUGAUGUAAUUUAAGUUAUGUUGCCAAGGGAAGAGGGACUCUUGGCGAUGUCUUGGUAAGUAGGGCUCCAGCACACAGCUAGAGCAGUGUAACUAAAUUGCAGAAGCCUGUCUUAUGACCGUAUUUGGUUGCUUCUGAAUGGAACAUUUAUAUAUUAUGUAAGAAUUAAAGCCUCGCAAUUGUGGUUCCCUUUUUUUUUUUU